CAUUUUUUACACCAAACCUCUACUGAGACCCUUUCAGAACAGCAUGUCUGCAUCCAUACCUUUACGCGCUCUGACAGGAAUCCAAAAAUCAAGCCUUGAGACAGCGGUAUCUUCAUGGGCCAUUUGGAAGACCCCCAGAGUGGCGGCGGCGGCGACCAUCUUUCGUAGACAACAGCAUCCACUAAGCACGGAGGCCAAACCAGUGCCUCAACAGCAGUACCAACGCCAACAGCAAAGACAAAGGCAAAAGCAACCACUUUCAAAUACCCGGUCCGGUUCGUCCAUAUCCUCCUGCCGCUGCCAUUGCUGCAAACGUAACUCGAACCAGGCGCAGCAGCAGCAGCAACAAGACCAACCAUGCGCUCAAGAGAAUUCAGAGGCGAGCGUUCAAAAGCGCGAACACAGCGACACCGCCCACCUCGAUACCGGCCCCGGCUCUGUCAAAGAAGUCAACAAGGACAUUUUGUUUGUGAUCGCCGAGGCCGUGUGGGAAUUGAAUCGCGAGGUCCGAGCGGAAUUGAAUCGGUUGCAGCCCAAGAAGAAAGGGGAGGAGAAUUCGAUGGAGAACGGGUCAAAGACCAAGACGUCCACGGCGGAAGCAGCGGUGUGUAAAGGAUGCCAUAAAUCCGAGAGACAAAAGACCGCGCCGGUCGAUCCGGCGAUCGCACAACUCGAACAAGAGAUCCUUGAGCGCGUCUUGGGCAGGCAUGGUUUAAGCAAGGAGGAUUGGGGAGCGUGGAAGACGCUUCAGCAGAAGAGACACAAGGAAGCACACCCCAAGAUCGGGAACGUGGUCGAUAUCGCGGAAAUGUGGAAAAAGUGGAAAAGUGAACGAUGGGUAGAAAGCGAAUGA